CCUUCAUCACUUCCUCUGCGAGUACUAUUGACGUUCUUUUUUCUACAACUGCAUGAGAAUACAAGUUGUGCAUUUCUAAAGUAGGCUUUCAUCUCAUUAUUCGAGAGAAGCAAAUGCAAAAUUCGAGCACUCUUUUCCCUCAUUGUUCUCGGCCCGUAGUUGCGCUUCAUCUUCUCUUGGGGUUCUUUCGACAUGUUUUCUUCACGCGAGCGGUCGUGGCGUAGGUUUAGCUCAUCUUGACGGUUGCGUUUGGUAGUGGACGCGAGGAGUUGAAGAUUGCAGUGUGGGUGAUGUUUUCUGAGCGAAGCCGGAGGGUAUAUAGGUACCCCUUUUUUCAACAUCCGAGGUUUCAAACCGACACCCAAGGUGGGUAGUUCCAGAUUUUCAAAACCUACCAAAUCUAGAUGGCUAUCGCAUGGUAGCAGCAACAGAAGACCCCUCACCUGGUGAGGGGGAGGAAAAAAAUAAGGCAACGCCAUUGUCCACUCCUCCUGCGACAGGAGCAGGAGUAAAAGAGAAGCCGGACGACCACGAGGAUCGCUUGGAGCACGAUACUUGUAAACCCGAGGAACCAGCACGAGAACAACUAGGAGAGCCUUUACAACAUAACGCAAAAGUGAGCGAUAAGCACAGCAAGGCGAAGGCAGAAGCUGCAAGAGAACUACUACGUCGGCAACACGCUCCAUCCUGCUGCCACUUUUGUUGUCCGGGCAGACCGUAUCAAAUGUAAAAAUGUCUGGGUCUGGAAGAAUGCAACUUGUGAUGCUGCGUCUGCAUUAUCCAAAAAAGCUGUAUUGCAUGAACAGCAAAAGAGGUCUGGUUUUGGUCACGGCGAGAGGGCAUUUCUCAUGCGGUAUAGGCAUCAGAAAGCCCUCACAAGAUCUGUGAUGCUAGGGCAUGCAUCGCAGACAUCAGGAGUCAUGCAAAAUGUGCAUGACAAACCUUGCACCCUUCCAGACCCAGACAUUUUUGCAUUUGAUAGACCGCUGUGUUUCCUGAUUUUUCUUUUCCUCCUCGUCUUUGCAAGUCUAUCCUUCUACGCCAAGCACUUGCAGCGAAAGCACGCCUUCUACGACGAAGGGCCGAUCUUGUUGGGUCGUAGAAAGCGGGUCUUCCAUCAUGGCAGGCGCGGGCGGCACGGUGGAACGGUAAGAAAUUUUCAAGCAAAGCACCAGUUUUUGAACAGAAUCGAUGACGACGCAGAUGACGAGGAGCAGCAAGGGGAAGCUGAAACACGUGGUCGUCCAGGAGAGGGAGCAAGCACACCCGAUCUUCCGGCAGAAGAUGAGACCAACAUCAACUACGAAUACGACCACCAGGAUCGGGAAGACGAAAAUGAAAAUGCGCCAGCAGAGCCGCAACCCCCGCCACGGUACUUUCACCGUCGGCACCUCCGUUCGGAACAGCCGACCGUGAACCCGAAUAAGCUGAAGGGCUUCGACUACCUCCUUGCCGUGGAUCACAAGCAACAGAAGCAGCUCGACAAUGCUUACUGGGACAUGAUGGGCAGCGACGAUCCCGAUGAGAUCGACGACCAGAUGCACAGCGCGUGGCAGAAAAUGCAAAGAGAAGACGCGUUGGUUCUGAAGAGAACGGCACCAAAAAAGGUGGUCGAUGACGAUUCAGAUUAA